CACCAUUCCUGGCCCCGCUAUAGAGCUAAUGGCUAACAGCAGCUCCCCAGACUACAAAGCGCUCUUCUUGAGAGCAGAGGAAGAGCGACGACAUGAAGCAGAGUUAAGAGGACAAGCAGAGGAAAGCCAGCGUCAGGCAGAGGAAAGCCAGCGUCAGGCAGAGAAGGAAAGGGAUCAGGGACACGAACAAACUCGACAAUCGACUUUUGGUGAACUCAUUCGACAUUGCCAUAACCUGUUCUCGCGACCUUUGAGAACCGAAGAUCCGUCUCGCUCUACUACGGGACAGAUACCAGCGCCCACUGGGAAAUGUUGCCCGCUACAGCUCCUCCCGUGGACUGACUGUGUAAUCAGACAGCAAGAAAUCUACCGCUCUGUUUGCAAUUAUUUGGAGCCAUCAGGGCAAGAUGCCAAGCAGCUCUUCAUUCCACGUCUUGUGCUGGAGGGUUUCGGGCAAGAAUUGAGGAGACCCAUAAGCAGUGAACAAGAUUUGGUGAUCUAUGAACACUUCAGCGUGGAAAAUCUUGUUCGUGAUAUCAUUGCAGCGCUCUGCAAGAUACCUGCCGCUCGAGAUGAGUUCCAGUUGAGUGAUGGAGUCAGUUUUGAUAAUCACGCAAACGCUCUUAAUCCUCCUGCAACUGACUUAUCGCAACUGAAACAAUUAUCAACCUCGCGGCCUUCCAGGCCAGAUCUAUUUUGCAUACGCCGUGUCGGUGAUAAUUCAGAAUCUAUCCUCAUAACAGUUGAGUACAAACCACCUCAUAAACUAAGUGUCGAAAAUCUUCGCUCCGGAUUGCGACCGAUGCGGUUCUGGGAAGAGGUGGUGGCGCCCGAUUCCAUCCCUACGCAAGAGCCCGAGAAACUGAGAUAUAAUGCUGCCCGGCUAACAGGCUCGGCGCUAGUCCAAGAGUUCUAUGUGAUGAUUCAGAAAGGGCUCGAAUACUCCUAUAUAACAAACGGAUUAGCGGUAGUGCUGCUGCGAGUCCCUUAUGAUAACCCGACCACUUUAUACUAUCACCUCUGCGAACCCAAUAAGGAAGUGAAUCCCGAGGAUGAUCAGAGCUUUCAACAGCCAGCAACAAGUAUUGCCCGAGUGUUAUGCCUCUGCCUGAUGAGCUUCCGUUCAAGAUUACGUGAUCAGAAGUGGCGAAAUAAUGCGCGGGAUCAGCUUCCAGAAUGGACGACGAGUUUUGAUCACGAACAUUCCAGAAUCCCAGAGGCAGAAUUGCGACAGAACCCUCCAGAUGCGCAAUAUACUCCGUCGGUACAUACGAGCCCCGACCGUACCGGUUCGGAGUUUCUGCCAUCGUCCCCUGCUGAAUCCCCUACAGAGGGACGUCGACCGCCAACUCGGUCUCAGACUCAGUGUGCACCAUCGAAACCAAGCCUUCGCAAUGACUCUUCAGAUUCUGAUGAGGAGCCAACGCUCAGGGGGCAGAAGCGUCGCUUCAGUCAAAUCACGUCGUCUCCGUCAUCCCCAUCUGUACGGCGAUCGGCGCGUCAGACAGGCUCCGGAUAUGUUCCAAGCGAUCAAAACCAACAUCAUAAGGCGCAGUUUUGUACUCAGCGGUGUCUACUUGGCCUGCAACAGGGGGGCUUACUAGACGAGUACUGCCCGAAUGUAACACUCCACCGGAAGGUGGGAAGCAGCAGUCGGCACCUCAUCAACGCGGAGACAUUGAUUCAACAGAUUAAACAGCAGCUGGAUAAUGAUAUCGACGAUUGUGCACCUAUGGGAGGCUGUGGAGCAUCUGGGGCGCCGUUUAAGAUCACCUGUGCAAUAUAUGGCUAUACUGUUGUUGGCAAAGGGACUACAUCUUAUCUCUGGAACGAGGUGUCGCGCGAGGCAGAUAUCUAUCGUAUUCUUUCGCGAAUACAGGGUUCGGUGGUUCCGGUGUUUCUCGGCGCGAUCGACUUGGCCAAGAUCUACUUUUUGCAUGGAGCCGGAGAGAUUCGACAUAUGCUACUUAUGGCUUGGGCAGGAAAGCCGAUCAGCAAAACCGAAGCAACCAGCCCUGAUAUCUCUAGCUCCAUCUCCAAAUCGAUAAAGGAGAUUCGCUCAUUGGGAGUUUUACAUCAGGAUCUUCGGCUGGAGAAUUUUCUGUGGAAUGAUGAGCUACGCCGGGUUCUGAUUAUUGACUUCCAUUGUUCAGUCUUGGACCGUCAACUGAUAAACAAGCGGAUGAGGCUGCCUGGGAAGAUCCCGUCCGGAGCAGAUACGCGUAAGCAAACGCGACUCCGUCCAGUAUAGAAUGGGAAGUCCAAAAGGAGCAAAAGGUAAAGGGAAGAAGACUUUAUCCCCGCCAGGCCCAGUGAGUUAUAUACUAUUCCCUGAGAGACAGGAACUACAGGCAGAGAGCCCCAAGGGGAUAGGUUUUUAGUUAUUAUUAUUCAAAAUGGAUUCGGAGUCGCAACGACAUCCCCCGAAUGGGCCCCAUGGACCAUCAUCCGAUUGUAGCAAAGA